GGAGCCAGUUGUUUACUGCUGUGGACCGACAUAUGGUACCAAAGGAAAAAGAAGGGACGCAAAAUCUCCAUUUAUAAAAACAUGGCUUCAGCCCUAUGUUUCUCAGGAAGCAAACAUCCCCCAAAUCAAUUUUCUCGAGAAAAUGAUCCACUUUGUUCAAGCGUCCAUCCUCUCUUGUAAUCAGCCACAUUCGGUGAGGGAUGGUGCAUUGCUAUUGAGCUUGAUCAGUAAUCCGAUAUUGAUUCGCUUUGUUUGCUCAAAUUGCCAGUAAUAGGAGACGGGAACCAAUUAUCUGUUACUUUUUGAAAGAUUUUGAGAAAAUGUCUGCCUCUAAAAAGCCAUAUAGGCGUAGUCAAUCUUCAAUCAAGUACAGGGUGAGCCCAGCUGAGGGGGCUUUCUUUGAGAUUGGUGAGCUUGUUCCUGAAGAAUAUUCCCCUUCCCUGCCUGAUAAUAAUAAGAAAAUCCGAAUUAUAUUUGAGGCCAAGCAAUCUCAAAUACUGAGCACAGCUGAGUUUAUCUCGUCGUUAAACCAAAUAUGGAACUCUGCAAGUUGUCUUGCUAUUCCUCAACAACAGACAAAUCUGGAAAGAGUCUGUCUUGCCUCUCUGAAAGAGGAUAUUUCAGCUGAUAGUAAAUACUUUUGCAUUGAUUUGACGACAGCUAGGCAAUUUCCGUCUGUCAUGAAGCCAAACUUUGAUUUUGUCAAAAUAACCAAGAAGAUAUCCAUGAUUGAUUCUUCUAUUGGAAAUAUUAGACAUUCAUUCUGCCAGGGGCUUUUAUGUUGUGGCUCUGACUUUUCUAAUGAGAGUUGGAAAGGAAACGGGCUUGCGGCUUUUGGAUUUUCAUUUGAAGUUGGAAAUAUCUACAAAUGGAUGAGAAAGAUGAUUCCUCCUGCUGGACUUCAGUAUUUUUCCAAUGUCCCAGGGAUUGCGAAUAAGAAAAUAGGUGAAUAUUGCUUUUCAUCAUAUAGAGCUAGUCUGACAGAAAACAUUCCCAUCGAAAAUGCUGAACAUUAUUCUCAUCAUAUCAAAUCUAAAGAUCUGUCCAUAUCUCAUGAUGAUAAAUUGGUUUCUAAUACAAGAGGGACAACCCCUCUGUGGUCGGAUUAUCUCCUCACUGAUGUUCAAGAAACCAACGCAGAUUGUAGUGUUUCGAGGACUUCAGAUUCUGAUCUUUGUGCUGAUUAUCAUUUCAACUCUUUAGCUUCCCAUUAUAGUACAUUCAAAGAACAGCAAUAUCUUAACAAUGGCAGUGAGUACCUUGAGAAUCAACGAAAACAGCCCGAACUAUUUUCCACAGAUACUGGUGCAACAGAAAGUCACUCCACAGCAAGUGAAAAACCUCGAUUUGCACUUGCUAAACAUGAGCACGCUUUUUCUGGGGCUUUUGCUGGAAUAUUUGUUAGCCUUUGCCUACAUCCAAUUGACACAGUUAAGACAGUCCUUCAAUCUUGUAAUGCAGAGCAGAAGUCGAUUUUUUAUAUUGGACGAUCAAUAAUUUCUGAAAGAGGUUUAACUGGAUUAUAUCGUGGCAUUGCUAGCAAUAUUGCAUCUUCAGCCCCGAUAUCUGCCCUUUAUACUUUCUCAUAUGAAUCAGUCAAAGGGGCUUUACUUCCUCUCCUCCCUAAGGAGUAUCAUUCUUUGGCUCAUUGCAUGGCUGGUGGUUGUGCAAGCGUUGCUACUUCUUUUAUUUUUACACCUAGUGAGCGUAUAAAGCAGCAGAUGCAAAUAGGUGUACACCAUCAAAACUGCUGGACGGCCUUAGUUGAGAUUGUCAAAAAGGGGGGUCUGCCUUCACUCUACACUGGGUGGGGGGCUGUACUCUGCAGGAAUAUUCCACAGUCGAUUAUCAAGUUCUACACAUACGAAAGCUUGAAGCAAGUCAUGUUGUCAUCACCGCGAUCCCCUGCUCAGCUGAACACAUUACAAACACUAAUGUGUGGAGCCCUAGCCGGUUCAACUGCGGCUUUCUUCACAACUCCGUUUGAUGUGGUUAAGACAAGAUUACAGACACAGAUACCGGGGUCUUUGAGCCGAUACAAUAAUGUUUACCAUGCCCUUCAAGACAUAUUGAUGCAUGAAGGUUUGAAAGGUGCAUACAGGGGAUUGGUUCCUCGGUUAGUUAUGUAUACGACACAAGGAGCACUCUUCUUUGCAUCUUACGAGUUCUUGAAGCAGUUAUUAUGUUUGGAGGCGCCGCAGUUAACCACUCACAAUCAGGAAAAGGGAAACAAAGACGAAUCUUCAUUACGCUUACCAUCAUCGACGUUGACAUUGGCCACAAGAACGUCGUCGUCGUCGUCAUCGUCACCAUCAAGGUUGCACAGUUGACAUACAUAGUAGUUAGAAAAGCACAUACAUGGAGGCAUUGUUAGCAAUCUGAUGGUGACAUGUAGCAUUAAAGCAUUAGAGGAUCAUUCCCAUAUCCAGAUAUUUACAAGUGUAGAAAUAAUGAGUCACAUUUCUUGUGGCUAGGCUUGUAUUUGAUUUUGAAAUCUUAAUAAAUCCGAGAUGGAGGUCGAACUUUAUGUCA